AUGACUUCAACGCAACCACGUGGAUCCUUUCUGAUUGACUCGUUGCUGGAACAACAUGAGAAAUUCGACGAAACAACGUGUUCGAAAUCAAUCGAUUUGAUUCAGCCAAUAAAGGAUGAAGAGAUAAACAACGCAACUAAGGAACAGUGUUCGAAUUCACGAAUCCAAAAUGGUAAAUUCGAAAAAGGACUUUCGAAGGGUUUAAAUGUUGAAGUGGAGAAUGAACGACUGGAGAAUCGACCGAUCACCAUUCAGCCACAUUUACAGCGAUUGUUCGCUAAUUUUACCAGUAACUGUCAGCGAUUACCAUCUCGUUACGUUCACAACGAACAAGCUCAGCAAAUAGCAUCCUACAAUCUGAAUAUGUUGUCCCGUUAUUUGAAUAAGUAUCAAAUGAUCCAAAACGCUGCUUUACAAUGGUCAUCGGCUCUGUCGAACGCCGAAUCCCUACAACGAGCUAUUGCAGCAUCACCUUAUAUCAACCAUACAGUACCUCAUUUGCAUGGAUUUUCAGAUGGUCGUAUGCAACGUUCACGUAUCGAUAACGCUGAAUCAUCUGCAACAUCCUCAACGGCAUCAGCAGCGCAAAUAAAGAAAUAUCGCUGCGAUAUCUGCGAGAAAACGUUCAGCAGGAGUAACACACUUAUAACCCAUAAGGUNCAACAAUUCGUUAUGACAGAACAUUACUAUCAUAUAUUUGGUGAAUGUUUCGGGGUAUACCAGACGAAUUUGCAGAGAAUUCAUACAGGUGAGAAACCAUUUCAAUGUGAUCACUGCGGAAGAGCAUUCAGGCAGCCGGGUAAUUUGACAAGACAUCGAUUCACGCACACGACGGUUAUUCUUCUGAGCAUUCAGCUUUUUAAUGUCAAGCCAUACGUUUGCUCAUUGUGUGAGAAAGCUUUCAACAGAGCUUCAAAUUUACAUACGCACAUGCGAACACAUACGCAGCUAUCGAACACGCCGUGCUCACCGUCCUCAUCAACUUCAUCGUCACGAAUCAUUUCCGAUGUAAUCCAUCGCGACAUUUUUGACCCCAAUUCUGGAAAUAUUCCGAAAUGA